AUGAUGCUGAGAAAGAUUGCUGGAAGAAUACAAAGUGGAACAUCAUCAAAAAGAUUUAAACUUUUAUGCAACAAACACUUGUACUCCACAAACAACAAACAAGUGAGCAUUGAAGCAAACAAUAAUGGAGAAAAAAAGAGUGAUGGAUCUUUAACUCACCAUGACUCGUAUCGAGACCUUGAGAAGCUUGAUUUCAUGACUGCUGCCAAGAUUCUUUUCACCACUCCACCUAAACAGAAGAAAUUCGGGGUUGAUUUUCAUCUGGUUCAACUCUUUUUCGUUUGCUUACCUUCACUUGCUGUCUAUUUGGUUGCACAAUAUGCACGUCAUGAAAUGAAGAAAAUGGAUGCAGAAUUGGAGAGGAGACAGAUAGAAGAGGCGAAGAAGAUGAAGGAGAAAGAAGGGGAAGUGUUAAAGUCUAAUCCACAGUUAAUGGAGGUGAAAGAGAGACUUGAUAGCUUGGAAAAAACUGUUAAGGAAAUUGUAAUGGAAUCAAAAUUCCAACGAAGUGUAAAAGUUGAAGGUGAAAUACCACAGAAGAAAAUGGCGGAUGAGAAAAAAGAAAGAAAUGGUGGUGAUAAUAUUAAUAUUAAUCAGAAGGUGGCAAAAGGUGGAAGCAAUGAGAAGUAGAGUAGAGGCCAAUUUCUCUGAUUUUGGGUUUUGAUUGUUAAUGUUAAGGAGUAAAGUUUUAGUUACUGUUGUAAUUAUUUAUGCACCCUAGGAGAGGAGGGUUUUUAUAUUUUAUCCUUAUUUCAAGGAGUAACUUUUGUGAGUUGAGACAUUCAGAGGGAAUUUAUUGGGGAUUUCACGAUUUCAUUACAUGAUAUGUGUUUGGGUGUUUGGUUUUGGGGAAUUUGGGAGAAUAUGGAU